AUGGCUCCCCGUCUCGCCUAUCUUGUCAAGGGUAUCAUGUCUUUCAAGACCCGAGGCCGAAAGAACGAUGUUUCGGAUGACCAGGACGACCAGACCCCACUUGUUGAGAAGCAGGACGACAAACCCCCUACUGUCGAGGAACAGGGUAAGGAGGCCCCAACUGUUAAGGACCAGGACAAGAAAAGCGUAUGCCACGAAUACGAGGUAUUCGUGCAUACGCCCAACCCAAAUCUAUCACCACGACAGGAGAUCGAGUUCUUCCUCGACAAGGUGAAGGAAGGUCGAGUGGAGGUAAUCAAGAAGAAGUAUGAUUACCUUCUAAAGGACCGCCGCGGCUUGUGUAUCUAUGUGACACACAAGAGUCGCCGGUGUGAGGAUGUUGUGGAGUGCAUUCGUUGCAUCCUGGAGUCAACUAAACGCGAUCCGGGCAUUGACCACUGCAAGCUUAUUAGGCACUGUCCUCGCCUACCUGGGGAGGCUGACUGA